AUGGACCUCAAUUUCCCCAUCUCCACCCACUUCUGGGGCAGCCUUGGAUCCUCUCUCCAGUGCACCCUCUUCCUCUCCCUGUUGGGGAGAGGGCCUGCUGGAACCCAGCUCUUAGAGGCCAGCUGUAGAACUGUAUCUGAACAAACAGGAAAGGCUCCAGAGUUGGGUGCUCCUCACAUCCCCGUCCUGUGGGUGCUGUGCCUUGCUGUCAGGUUUGGAGCCACUCAUGCCACCCUGAGCGGGGAGCUUUGGUCCUCACGACCCCCAGGGGUAAGGCUGCAUACAGGAGGCGUGUGCGCACCAGGCUCAGAUGCUGUUUCCCUUUGUGGCCUAGGUGCGGUGGAGGCUUGCCUCUUGCAUCAGCUGAGACGUGGUGCCGCUGGCUUCCUGCGCAGUGACAAGAUGGCAGCCCUGUUCACCAAGGUGGGGAAGACGUGCCCAGUGGCAGGGGAGAUUUGCCACAAGGUAAAGGAGCUGCAGCAACAAGCGGAGGGCAGGAAACCCUCAGGGGUCAGCCAGGAGGCCCUGCGGAGACAGGGCUGAGUCAGCGGGAAGGCCCCGGCCCUCAGCCCUCAGGCCUUGAAACACAUAUGGGUACGCACGGCGCUCAUCGAGAAAGUUCUGGACAAGGUUGUGCAAUACCUGGCAGAAAACUGCAGCAAGUACUACGAGAAGGAGGCAUUGCUGGCAGACCCUGUGUUCGGCCCGAUCCUGGCCUCUCUUCUAGGUGAGCCUGAGAGCACAGGGGCCUGUGCCAGGCCCACGGUGGGUAUGGGGCAGGUACUGAGGCAGCAUCGUCUGAGCUGGCUGUCUCUGUCUCCACAGUGGGACCCAGUGCCUUGGAAUACACUAAGCUCAAGACAGCCAAUCACUACUGGACUGACCCCUCUGCUGAUGAGCUGGUCCAGAGGCACCGCAUUCGGGGUCCGCCUACUCGCCAGGACUCCCCUGCAAAGCGCCCAGCCCUGCGGAUCCGGAAACGGCACUCAAGCGGCAGCGCGUCGGAGGACAGGCUGGCUGCCUGCGCCCGCGAGUGUGUGGAGUCCCUGCGCCAGAAUUCACGGACGCGGCUGCUUUUCUUCUACAGCCUCUUUCUUCUACAGCCACCCAACAAGAGAUACCAAAGGCAAGACCACUAAAAGCAUGCCAGCAAAACAUAAUAUAAUGAACAGAUAUAUAUCCAGCUCUGAGACCUGGCCACAAGGGCCCUGUUAG